UAACAUCAUAAUAAAUGUACAGUGAGUGGAGUGUGGACUGUGAUGUAAAUUCAGUGUGUGACCUUCAAUCGUAGCAAAGGAAAAACAGCUGUAGGGAGGAUCCAUCCAUUAGAUAGUCAUGGCAGGAGGAUUAGAACGAGCUCGUAAAUUACCCAAGAUUCAAGAUGCGGACAAGGAAUCCAUGUUUGGAUAUGUCCAUGCUGUGUCUGGACCUGUGGUCACUGCCCAGCAAAUGGCGGGAGCAGCUAUGUACGAGUUGGUGAGGGUCGGUCACUCGGAACUGGUGGGGGAGAUCAUUCGGCUGGAGGGAGACAUGGCAACCAUUCAGGUCUACGAGGAAACCUCUGGUGUGACGGUGGGUGACCCUGUGAUGAGGACCGGGAAACUCCUGUCAGUGGAACUGGGGCCUGGAAUUAUGGGCUCCAUCUUUGAUGGUAUUCAGCGUCCACUGGAGGAAAUUAACAAAAUGACCCAGAGUAUCUACAUUCCAAAAGGUGUGAACACACCCGCUUUAGACAGAGUGAAGACGUGGGAGUUUGAACCAUUUGGCAAUGUCAGGGUUGGCAGUCAUGUGACGGGAGGUGAUGUGUACGGUAUGGUGUACGAGAACAUCCUGGUCAAACACAAGAUCAUGCUCCCUCCCAAAACCCGCGGAACUGUGACCUGGAUUGCAGACCCUGGGGAGUACACAGUCAAUGAUGUGGUGCUGGAGACAGAGUUUGACGGAGAGAAGUCUAAGUACACCAUGUUACAGGUGUGGCCCGUCCGUCAGCUCCGACCGGUCACCGAGAAACUGGCCGGGAACCAUCCCCUCCUGACCGGACAGAGGGUGCUGGAUGCCCUGUUCCCAUGUGUACAGGGAGGGACCACAGCUAUCCCCGGAGCCUUUGGGUGUGGUAAAACUGUCAUCUCCCAGUCCUUGUCCAAGUACUCCAACAGUGAUGUCAUCAUCUACGUCGGGUGUGGGGAGCGUGGGAAUGAAAUGUCCGAAGUAUUGAGAGACUUCCCCGAGCUGACCAUGGAGGUUGAGGGUAAACCUGAGAGCAUCAUGAAGAGAACCGCCCUAGUGGCCAACACAUCCAACAUGCCCGUCGCUGCCAGAGAGGCCUCCAUUUAUACUGGUAUCACCUUGUCUGAGUAUUUCCGUGAUAUGGGUUAUAACGUAUCCAUGAUGGCUGACUCCACUUCUCGAUGGGCCGAAGCCUUGAGAGAAAUCUCGGGUCGUCUCGCUGAAAUGCCUGCCGAUUACGGUUACCCUGCCUAUUUGGGAGCUCGUCUGGCCUCCUUCUACGAGCGAGCUGGGCGUGUCAAAUGUAUUGGAAAUCCUGAGAGAGAGGGCAGUGUCAGCAUUGUAGGAGCUGUGUCGCCCCCUGGUGGUGACUUCUCUGACCCUGUGACCUCUGCCACACUGGGUAUUGUACAAGUGUUUUGGGGUCUGGAGAAGAAGCUGGCCCAGAGGAAACAUUUCCCGGCCAUCAACUGGCUCAUCUCCUACAGCAAGUACACGAGGGCUCUCGAGGAGUUCUACGACAAAAACUUCCCAGACUUUACUCCCCUAAGAACAAAGUGCAAAGAAAUUUUACAAGAAGAGGAAGAUCUGUCAGAAAUUGUACAACUAGUCGGAAAGGGAUCUCUGGCAGAGGCAGACAAGAUCACGCUAGAGGUGGCCAAACUGAUCAAGGAUGAUUUCCUCCAACAGAAUGGAUACACACCUUACGACAGAUUCUGUCCAUUCUACAAGACAGUAGGAAUGUUGAAGAACAUCAUUGCUUUCUAUGACAUGGCUAGACACUCGGUGGAGAGCACGGCUCAGAGUGAGAACAAGAUCACCUGGGCCAUCAUCCGUGACCAGAUGAACGAUAUCAUCUACAAGCUCAGCAGUAUGAAGUUCAAGGACCCAGUCAAAGAUGGCGAGAGGAAAAUCAAACAGGAUUACGAUGAUUUACACGAAGAAAUGCAGACAGCUUUCAGGAAUCUGGAGGACUGAGAACAAUUAGUAGCAAAUUAGGACUAAAAAAUGUAGACUUAACGUGUUAGGACAGUAUGUACGUGGAAAUUGUAUUGAAAAUUGUGAAACUCUGCAGACAUUAUUAUUCUAGUCAAAUUUUGCUUGAUAGUGUCAGAUGCUUCCAUGACAAAGGUAACUGUGUAUGAUUGGUGUUAAUAGUCCCAAGUGUGAUCAGCAAGAGUUGAAGGUUCACUACUGAUAAGAUAAUUAAUACAGUUGUCUAAAGGAUUUCAUUCAUUAGGAAUUCAUAUUGUGUAUAUUGCAGAGUCCUCUAAAAUUAAGAAAUUCAUAUUAUGGACAUUGCAGAGUCCUCUAAGUUCGUAGAGUAAAAUUAUGUGUCCACUUCAGCAUGAGUUGAUGGGCAUUUUGAAUUAAUUGUACAUUAGUAGAUUUAUUGAGUGCUGUUAUAUUACUGUACAUCUGUUGUUGGAGUCUAAAACUAUAUACCGGUAUGUAGACUUUAUCAGUGAAACAUUCCAUGUUUACCUCGUGUGUGCUUCAUUUAGUGCUGACCAUUCAACAAUGAACAAAUACAUUUUACUCAUGCAGCCAUAUCAUCUUCAGUUGAGUUAUACCCCGACACUGAUUAUUUAUUACUAUACACUUCUGUUUAUUAAUUGAUAAAAAUAUUGUAAAACUAAAUUAUUGCAUGGGAAAUAACAUAGGUUGAGUCUUUAUAUAUUUAUGGUUUAAUUUAAAUAUAUGUUUGUAAUUUCUUUAGAACUUUCUUGCGAUUGAAGUUUUCAUAGAUAAUGUAUUGGGUUACGAUAAAUCCUGUUCUUUUUUUAUCUCGUAUACAAUGAAUGUGAUAGUCUUUGUGCAAGUUGUAUGAUUUUAGUUUAUAGCUCAAGCCAUUGUACAAACAUUGCAAUGAAACAAUCCAUACUAGUAUUUAAAACUCUGUACAUAUUAAUAACCAAGAGGAAACAUAAAUAUGCAGAUAUUUAUAAA